UUGACAGGGGGUUUGCGCGCGCCGCCGGUGCCGUGCGAAAGAUGGCGGCGCCCAGGAGUGCCCCGGUGCCCCGGUGAGGCGCGGAGAGCUGUCGGUGCCGCCGGAGCUGCGGCCGGGAGCCCGCGGCCGGGUGCAGCUCGCCGUCAGGUUUCACGCCGCCCGUCCUGCCGGCGUGUGGUUGCCAUGUGGAGGAACUGCCUCAAACUGCGGGACGGGGGACGCCGUCUUCUGCGACGUCCCCGGGGCGGCCCUCCCGCCGGCGUGCGGCCGGAGCCGAGCGUCUGGGGCCCGGCCCGGACCUACGCGCCCCCGGCAGAAAAGAAGAGGUUUUAUCAGAAUGUCAGCAUCACCCAGGGUGAAGGUGGCUUUGAGAUAAACCUGGAUCACAGGAAGCUGAAAACUCCCCAAGCCAAGCUCUUUACCGUCCCCAGUGAGGCUCUGGCCAUUGCAGUAGCCACUGAAUGGGAUGCCCAACAGGACACCAUCAAGUUCUACACCAUGCACCUGGUAACGCUCUGUCUCGCCACCACCCUCAAGCCCAGGCUGGCCUCCGGGGCCACCGAGCAGACCACGCUGUGCAACACAUCCUUAGACAACCCGACCCAGCGCAGCAAGGAGCAGCUCAUCCGGGCGGCCGUGAAGUUUCUGGACACGGACACCAUCUGCUACAGGGUGGAAGAGCCAGAGACAUUAGUGGAGCUUCAAAAGAACGAGUGGGACCCAAUCAUAGAGUGGGCCGAGAAGAGGUACAGUGUGGAGAUUGGCUCCUCCACUAGUAUAAUGGGGCCCAGCAUCCCCCCCAGGACCCGGGAGGUGCUCGCCAGCCACCUGGCAUCAUACAACAUGUGGGCCCUCCAAGGGAUUGAGUUUGUAGUGACCCAGCUCAAGUCCCUGGUGCUGACCCUGGGCCUGAUUGACCUGCGCCUGACCGUGGAGGAGGCGGUGCUACUGUCGCGCCUGGAGGAGGAGUAUCAGAUCCAGAAGUGGGGCAACGUGGAGUGGGCCCAUGACUACGAGCUGCAGGAGCUGCGAGCCCGCACGGCCGCCGGCACCCUCUUUGUCCACCUCUGCUCCGAAAGCACAACGGUCAAGCACAAGCUCCUGCAGGAGUGACAACGGGGACUUGCCUCCAGCAGGUCCCUGGCUCCCUGCUGCCCCACUGCAUCCCCAGGUGCCUGGCUCACACCGCAGGCAGGAAGGCGGGACUGGCGUCUGCCAUGCCUCUGCCCUGCAGCGGGGGGUGAGGGCGGGGGGCGAGGGUGUGGGGUGCAGGAUGAGUUCUC